UUUAAAAUGCUAGUCUAUUGGAUUCAUUUGUCUUCACAAAUAUAUUUAUUUAUUUUUAUUAUCUUUGCUGACGUGAGACUUCACACUUACAUGUGAAUUUGUAAUAUUGGAUUCAUUUGUCUUCACAAAUAUAUUUAUUUAUUUUUAUUAUCUCUGCUGACGUGAGACUUCACACUUACAUGUGAAUUUGUAACAUCUUGCUUAGGAGGAUUAAAUGAGAUUUAGAUUUGACCCUUUUUUCCAUACAUUUCAAUUUGAUGAUUUGGCUGCUUAUUUGCUUAACCUUAAUGCUACUCAUGUUUAACUCACCAAAAUAUUGUUGAAUUGUUGCAAACAAAAAAGAAUGGAGUAAAUCUUGCUGAAAUUUGAUCCUUUUAAUGAAUUCCUAAUCUUCAAUGGAAGGCCUAAAUAACAUAAGCACAAGUAUGUUAAUCUUAUUUUAUUCCUUUGGUGAGAGGCAACCUUUUCUUUUGAUGAUCAACAGCAUUAAUUAGUGUGUUUUCUUAGAUGGUAAAGUCAAACCUAAUUUGCAACAGAUAAAAAUGACAUAAAUUGAGUGCACUUGAUGUAAUGUUUUGACAAGAAAGGUGAUUCCUCUGCCUAAAUAUAAUCUACAUCAAAUGGCUGGGGGAAAACAUAUGUGUUAGUUAUGGUUCUUCAGUAUUUUUCUUCCUUAAAUAUGUAUCUCUUUUAAGUUGUCUUACAACAUGUUGGCCAACUUGUUUUGGUGCAUCCUCCACUUGUUUAUCAUGUGAUUCUAUUUAUUGUUUACCCAACUUCUAGGCAUCCUCCAUUAUGUGAGAAGAGCAGCCACUUCUCUAAGGUUAGAAUAUGUUCUAUGCUACCAUGCUUUUUCUAGUCUCUUUGGAUGCAAUGCUUGAUUUAGUGUGUGUUUAAUAUUGAACCUUAUUGUUACUUUACAGAGGGCAUGUCACAAAUGGAAACAACAGUUAUUUGGUUUCUAUACAACAAGAUCACCUUGAACUUGAGCCUCUCCCAUCACUUCUUGAAUUAACAUCAUUAAAUCAAGUUUCUGGCUUCAACAACAUCAAACAGAAUAGUAGCCUUUAACAUUGCACUUCAUCUACUAUGGCUAUUGAAAUUUUGAAACAGUCAGUUUCAAUUAGCAAGCCUACUUCUCCCAUGCAAGCCACAUCAGAGAGCAACAAUUUUGCUGACCAUGAUGGAAUUCUAGAUCCUUUUGUUAAACUUGAGACAGGUGAAAGACUGUUAAAACAAGUGCAAUUUUAUUCUCAGCCAUCAAUGACAAAAGGAACUAUCAUCAAAGAGCCAGUUAAAGUUGGAAACUUGAACCAUCAUCCCAACAUUAGCAAGUUGAAGGAUAUGAGAUUUGAGUCUUUUAAGACUUGGUCUGGUAAACUUGAAAGGCAAAUAUCAAAUGUGAAAGGAAAACCACAAAAUGUUGAGAAUGAAGCUUUGCCUGUAGCUUUGCCUGUAGACAGAUAUUAUGAUGCAUUAGAAGGACCUGAAUUGGAAAUUCUUCGACCUUCAGAGGAAAUUGUGCUGCCAAAUGACAAGACUUGGCCAUUCCUUCUUAGGUUUCCUAUUUCUUCAUUUGGUAUCUGUCUAGGACUUAGUAGCCAAGCCAUCAUGUGGAAAGCACUUGCCACAACUCCCUCCACAAAAUUCCUUCACAUAACUUUUGAAGUAGAUCGCAUCCUUUGGUGCAUUUCUUUUGCUCUUUUAGCUAUUGUCUUCACCAUCUAUCUUCUUAAAGUUAUCUUCUUCUUUGAAGCAGUUCGUCGUGAGUACCAUCAUCCAAUUCGUGUCAAUUUCUUCUUUGCCCCUUGGAUAGUACUCCUGUUAUUAUGUCUUGGAGUGCCACCUAUUGUUACAAAAAACUUACCUAAAGCUCUUUGGUAUGUCCUCAUGGUUCCAAUCUUAUGUCUCGAGCUUAAGAUCUAUGGUCAAUGGAUGUCUGGUGGGCGGAGGAAGCUUUCUAAAGUAGCUAAUCCCUCAAACCAUCUCUCAAUUAUUGGCAACUUUAUAGGGGCAACGUUAGGUGCUUCAAUAGGGCUAAAAGAAGGGCCUAUUUUCUUCUUUGCUGUUGGGUUAGCUCAUUACAUUGUUUUGUUUGUGACUCUAUACCAAAGACUUCCAACAAGUGAAAGACUCCCAAAAGAACUCCAUCCUGUAUUCUUCCUCUUUGUGGCAACUCCAAGUGCUGCUUCCAUGGCAUGGGCAGAAAUUCGAGGCUUUUUCGAUCAUGGAGCCCAAAUUGCUUACUUCAUUGCUUUGUUCCUCUAUUUUUCCCUAGCUGUUCGGGUGAAUUUUUUUCGCGGAAUUAAGUUUUCAUUGGCUUGGUGGGCAUACACUUUUCCAAUGACUGGUGCAGCCACAACAAGCAUCAGAUAUUCAAGUGUAGUCACAACUAUAGUAAAUCAAACUGUUGCUGUUAUGCUCUCAGCAAUCGCCACACUCAUAGCAUUAGCUUUACUUGUAACAACUAUAAUCCAUGCCUUUGUCUUCCGAGACCUCUUUCCUAAUGACAUAGCCAUUGCAAUUAGUGACAGGAAACCAAAACCACACAAGAAAUGGUUCCACAGAAGAAGUGGGAGCUUGGACCAUGCUAGAGAUAUUGACAAUUUCCUGAAGUUUGCUAAAAAAGAAGGCAUUGAUUUAGAAUCUUGCCUAUAACCCCCCCAACAACAAUAGAUAACAAAUGAGUCCAAAUUUAUGCCAAGGUUGAUUACUCUUUAGUAAGUCCUUGUAAAUUAUGUAUUUUCAGAACUCGAAUCAAACAUUGGAGGAACAAAUUAUUCAAGAAUUUUAGAUAGUUAUAAUGACCAAGUUUAUAAGAAGAAGGAGAAAGUUAAGGAGUUCUCUAGUUUAUUAUAGUCUGUAAACAUGAAUUUGACAUCGUUGUCAGUUCUUAGCAUCAAUGGUUGAAAAUUUGAGUGGUGUUUGCAUACAAAUAAAGCAGAUUUUCCAAGAGUAAUGGCUUAAAUGCAUGCAAAUCAUAAAAGAUGAUAUUCUUGAUGAAAGUUGCAUUAAGCAGCUUUGGUGCAAGUAGUACUACAUCAAUGCCAUAAAGCUGCACAAGUUUA